CGCGCGAGCUGAGGUGGAGGCGGAGACUCGGAUCGAUUAACGAAGCGUUUUAACUCCGGUAAGAGUUUUAAUUGGUGGAAAGAAAAGAGAAAGGAAGUAUUUAGUUCACUCACGGAGUUUCAUUGGAAGAGAAACAAAAAUAGAAGUUUACCUCCAUCUUUGCAAAAAGCGCUAACAUUUCAAUCUACUAGCAAGACAGUUCAGUAAAACGUUUUAAAACAAUGUCGGGCUUUAAUAGAGGACCUGCCUAUGGGUUUUCCGCGGAAGUAAAGAGCAAGAUUGCUCAGAAGUACGACUCUCAGAGGGAGGAGGAGUUGAGGGUCUGGAUUGAGGACGUGACAGGCUGCUCCGUCGGAGACGACUUCCAGAAAGGCCUGAAAAAUGGAGUCAUUUUGUGCAACCUGAUCAACAAACUCCAACCGGGCUCUGUGAAAAAGAUAAACCAGUCCUCCAUGAACUGGCACCAGUUGGAGAACCUGACCAACUUCAUCAAAGCCAUCACCAUGUACGGUCUGAAACCCCACGACAUCUUUGAGGCCAACGACCUGUUUGAGAGUGGCAACAUGACCCAAGUCCAAACCACACUGCUGGCCCUGGCAGGCAUGGCUAAGACCAAGGGUCAGCUGUCCAGAGUGGACAUCGGAGUAAAGUACGCUGACAAACAGGAGAGGGCCUUCGACGACGAGAAGAUGAAGGCGGGGCAGUGUGUGAUUGGACUACAGAUGGGCACCAACAAGUGUGCCAGCCAGGCGGGCAUGAAUGCCUACGGCACGAGGCGGCACCUCUACGACCCCAAGGCCCACAUCCUGCCCCCCAUGGACAACUCCACCAUCAGCCUGCAGAUGGGAACCAACAAGGGGGCCAGCCAGGCGGGCAUGACAGCCCCAGGGACACGGCGUGCCAUCUACGACCAGAAGCUGGGCACGGAUAAGUGUGACAACAGCACCAUGUCGCUGCAGAUGGGCUCCAACCAGGGAGCCAGCCAGAGUGGACAGAACUUUGGGCUGGGCCGCCAGAUCUACGACGCAAAGUAUUGCCCCAAGAACCAGGAGGGGGAGGGGGAGGGGGGGGAAGAUAACGGAGAGGGGGCCGGGGAGUACGUCCCUGACUACCAUGACGAGGGUUACCAAGGAUACCAUCAGGAGGAGGCGGUGGCAUACCAGGAGGAGGGGCCAGAGUAUUAGGAAGUUUCGGCAUGCAGAAUAUCAACAUUAGUGUUUGAUCACAGACAAUUUAAAGAGUGUCAAUUUAACACUGGGAGUUUUCAUUUUACUUGUGUUUAUAUGUCUCCUAUCAAGAGAGGAACCUGUAUAAAUACUCCUGUUGUUAAAUUAACAUUUAGAAAUGGUGUGUGAUGUAUAUCUAUUAGUCCAGGCCUCUGCUGUGAUAUUGCCCAUGUGAUUGAAGGUAAUUCCAAAUGUACCACAGAUGGAAUGCACAGCAGGUUGCUUGCGUAGAUUUUUAUAUUCUGAACACAUGGUCAUUUCAGUGUUUUUAUAACGUUGCCACUAUUUUAUGACCAGGCUCACCCUUCUCUCUGAUGAGAGGCCUACAGCCCCUCCCUGAUGGGGGGCCUACAGCCCCUCCCUGAUGGGGGGCCUACAGCCCCUCCUUGAUGGGAGGCCUACAGCCCCUCCCUGAUGGGAGGCCUACAGCCCCUCCCUGAUGGGAGGCCUACAGCCCCUUCCUGGGUCUGUUUGAACAUGAAGGCCAUAGUUCUACUCGCUGAGUCCAUAUUGACUCAUGCUAAUCCAGUCUGAUUCCAACAGCUGUUUUUAUUGAUGUUAUGAUAAAGUGGAUGUGUCUAUGGCUGGAAUAGAUGCGUUCAUCCAUAUUAUAAACUGUAAACAUUUUAUAUUUUCAUAAUAGAUGUGAAUAAGAAUGUGAAUUUGUUACUCCUGCAUGUGUUCAGUAUAGCAUUCAUUGACAUGAAUGACAGAUCUUAAGACCAAUGGAGAAACAGGUCCACAUUCCACCCUGAAUACUGGAGAACAUGAAGAUUUUCUGUUGUGUAAUUUUAUAUGGAAUCAGUGGUUGAUUAGAGGAUCAAAGUUACAUUUGAACUGAAUCUUAUCAAUUAUUUGUCAUUAUUUGUGUUUGAUACCGUAAACAUGAGAAGGGAAGCCAGCUGUUACAACCUUGAGGGGUCAGCGGUGGGGUCAGAGUCAGGGGAGGGGUCAGAGUUAUUAUGGAUGAAUUUGUUCACAUGAUGAUGGGAACAUUUGUUCAAGUUAGAUUGUGAAUAAAGUGUAAUAAAAUAA